AUGCCGCCCGGCCUUCAGCGUGGAAGCGGCAUGGCGGUCACGGGGAUGCUGAUGGUGGCGAUGAUAGGCGGCGGGGGGUUGGCGGGGGCUACAGGACCAGCAGAUGCCGCGACAGUCGAAAAGCCUGUGAUGAUGCUUGCUCGACCGACAUCGUCGCCCUCCGGUUCUAUCCCGGUGUUGAACGCCUGCGUGGACAGAUCGGACUGGCGUUUUGUUUGGAAUGAAGGGGGGUUCUUAUGGACUAGCUCUUGUUCGGAGUAUGUGACGGGAGGCGGAAACUGCCAUGUGGAUGUUGGUUACGCGCUUGAUGAGGAGAGAUGGAUCUCAGCGGAGGAAGCUUGUCCGUUCUCUUGUGGGAGAUGCUGCGACAAGGUCUGCGGCACGGCGGGAUCUUCUUGUGCUUCGGCGUGUUUGAACCUCAGCAGCUCAUACCAGUCUCUCCUUGAGUUUGCCUUAGCUUGGAACUCAUCAGAAUUCAAAUCAGUUCUCAGUACUCCAACAGCCUUCCAGCUUAUACCUUACGCACCUGAAACAUUUCUCGACCGCGCUCUCGUGUACCUGAUUCCAGUAACUCCUGGUGCCAAGACUCGGUACAGGCUUGAGUGCGCUGCAUCGUCUUCUCCUUGGAUCGACAGCUCAAGGGUUGAGGUCACGACGAGCUGCGCUCAUCUUCAGGCAAUUUCGUUUCUUCCAGGCUCGGGGACCAGCUCCGAGUUUCUAUCGGACAUGGUAGAAGUCAGCGUUGAGAUCAAGACGCCUCCGCCUGUGAUACAGGUCACUCAGUGCGCGAUCGUGAAGGCCAACGUGACUGAGAUGCUUGAGUUCGAUGGCAUUACCAGCAAGUACUCCGAUCAAAGCUGCUCGUACCUAGUCGUCGACAUUCUCGCUCAAGGGCUUCUCAAUGCAACCGCACGAAUUCGUUAUGCAGAGAACCAAGUGACCGGCAGCCUGGCAAUGACGGAUCAAGCCAUCGGCAGAGCCACACUGACCAUGUUGGAAUCUGGAGUUGUCGCAGCGCUGGCAUUCCGGCCAGGCACCACACCAAGUGACCUCGUGCUUUCUCCUCGAUUGGUCGUUCAGUCUCCCGCGCCCGUGCGCUCCUUUGACUGGAUGGGCACCGUCGGCUUGUGGAACUUUACACUUGAGUCUCUGCAAGGCACCUACGAGCGAGAGGUCAACCCUCUGAACGGCUGUGCGGAGGUUCAGCCGACGGUCAUCCAUCCCUCUCAGGUUCGUGAUGCCUCCAACUUGCUCGGUGCAGCUGUUCUCAAGGGCCCCGUAUGUAAGAGUGGCACUUGGGAGCUUCCUGCUCCCUUCAGCCCCUCCAUCUCUUCCUUCCUCGUUGACAAGAUGAGCGACGGGUCUCGCCUGCAGGGCCUUGAGUUCAACUCCCUCAACUCCGAGCUCUUUGUACAGGACGAUCUUUCCCUAGCGCAUGCUGCCGGUCUACUCCCCACUGAGACCUUGUCCCUUGAAGUCUGGUUCUCUAUCAAUCCUGCAGGAAGCAUUCCCGUCGCUGGCCUUGUCAGCGCAAGGAGCGAUGGGCCCGAGCUUGCUGGACAUCAGUAUGGGAAGGGAUGGAGCCUGAGCUACUCCGUAGAGGACGAGCUUGAUGAGACGAGGAUCGAGUUUGCGGUUGCGACGCAGAAGCAGGAGCUGAUCGCAGGACUUGGAGGCUUCGCCACGCUGGUGGGAAGAGUAUCACCUAGGCUUCCUGCGGACAAGAUGAUUCAUGUGGCCGUCACGUUCAACGGCUCCCACGCGUCGAUCUUCAUGUCAGGGGAGCUGAUCGCACAGAGCGACAUGUGCGGGGCACAGCGGAAUGAGACUUGCGGUUCGAUCCUCUACCCCGAUCGGAGAGACCUGCUUGCCUUGAAUGUCUCCGGCAGUCUCAUCGUAGGCGCUCUUGAUCAGCGCAACGGAGAGAGAGCAAGCCACAUGGGGCUGAUCCGCUUUCUACGUAUCUACAACAAAGCUCUCAGCUCCGAGCAAGUCCGAGUAGCAUCGCUGCGGUAUUCGCUUGACUUCGCCAUUCUCCCUUGCCCUACCGGUCACUAUGGACCUUACGAGGGCUUGCAGCCUUGCUUCCAGUGUCCUCCGGGGACUUUUGCUGCUGCCAUCAAGAGCGAGCGCUGCCUCCCUUGCCCUAAGACCUUCUUUGCUCCCUCCUCUGGCAGCAAGGAAUGUUUGCUCUGCCCCGUCGGUCUGUCCACCGCUCAGGAAGGAAGUGCUGCCUGCACGGAUGACGCCUGCAUGCUGGGGCAAGUCUCCUGCUCACCAGAGGCCCGAUGCGUCUGGAGCAACGGGACUGCGACAUGCGAGUGUUGGCAAGGAUACAAGCGUGAGGGACCUGUAUGUCGAGCUGUGUGCGGAGAUGGCAUACGUGUGAGCGAAGAAGCUUGUGAUGAUGGCAACGUCUUGUCGGGGGAUGGAUGCUCGUCAUCAUGCCAAGUGGAGAACGGAGGCAGGGACUGCUGCAUCGCAAACUACUCCUUCUGCUUGCGGAACUACGAGGUUUUGUCGUCGACACGGGAAGGGUGUUACAGCACCUUCUCUCGCUGUUUGCUUGCCGCUGACAAGACUCUCAUCCCCUCCCUCUCCUCGCGCGUGUCUCUCUUUUCCUCCUCGAGCCUGCGGCAGGAGGGCCCCUGCGACGCCAAGGAGGAGGUCGACUGUCAGCAGCUGGAGGCAACCUGCGAGGCUGCUCCUGACUGUCUGCUCGCGUACGCGCGAUGCCUCAAGGCAGUCACCUGCUCGCCAGUGUGA